UUUUUCCAUCUGACCAGCUGGCCAAAUUACUAAUAUACGGUUCAGUAUUGUAUCCUUGGUUAUUACGAAACAUCCAUUGUUUUGGAGUUUCAUCAGGAAGUGGACAGCUUAUGUCAGAUCCCAUAUCUUUAUAUUUUCAAAAUGUCACAGUUUUAAUUGAUCAAAUAUCCCAGUUUACUUGAUUGGGAUCAAUUGGGCCAGGUAUUUCUGCUUUCCCAGCCUAGUUGGUCUCGCACUGCUCGCUUUUGAUCUGUUUGCAUGAAACUCUGAAGCACUUGAGUUUACACAGAGACUAAAGAUACUUUAACAUUGUUACAUCCCUAUGCAUGUAUGUGUAUGCAUGCUUGUUUUGUGUUCUCUUCUCUGUUUCCCUCUCUUUUUACACACUCUGAUUAGGUUGCUGUUAUUGGUUAUCUGGGCUGUCAAUCUCAAUUACCCUGAUGACAUCAUCUCCAAUCUCCACCAAUGGAUGGCCCUUCCUUAAUUUUAAAAGCUGUUUGAAUCCAUGUGUUGGGAGCUUUUUCAUUUGAUGACAGCUUUACUUGUUAGCUGCUGAUAUUUGUGUAUUGUCUCUGGUUCUUUGUGACCUUGUACAUUCUUUAUGAAUAUUGACAAAGAUACUCGUUACCCAUUCGUGGUUAUGUGACUUUGGCAUCAUCAUCAUCAUUAUUUAUAUAACUCUCUGCUCAUCUAACCAGAGUGGAAAAGUGGACAGGUAAAAUGUCACGUGACAAACACCUUGCACCACGUAGACUGAUUUUUGUAAUAGACACCUUAGGUUAGGAGUGAGUGCCAACCCCUGUACUUUUGGUGUUUUUUUUGAGAGCAGUUAGAAUAGUUUAGACAUUGGCAUUUCCAACGCUGAUGACCUGUUUUAUUUUCUUUGUUGUGUUUUGUUUGAUCUAACAAUUUAUUGAGUUUAGAGGGCUAUAAAAAUAAGUUUUUCUGAUUCUUUCUUUUCUUUGGCUCCACUCAUGUCCUUUUUCCCUCUGGUUUCAUUAUUAGUAUGUUCUUUGCAUAACAUGUAAACGCCUUAGUCAGUUAUCCUUGAAAAUUACCAUUUUAUACUGUUUACUUGCCUGGUUGCUUUUUGUCAUUUGCCAACCCAAAUACACACCUUAAAUCCGUUUACAAUUAAAAUGUUACCCCCUCAUACCCUUAGACAACCCUAGGGGCCGUAACAAACAUUCAUCUACAAUUUACGUUAUUAAAGUUAACAUUUUCAUCAGUGGUAUGCAGUGUUAAACGUAAUUACAAUUAUGAAUUUUAUGAUCGUAAUCACAAUUUGUGGUCAUGUACAGUACUAUUAUGCCUAUGUAUAAUAGUGUUAAUUCAACUUGUGUAAUUUGAUGGCUGAGUCACAAUCAAUGGUAUUUUUUCCCCUCCGAAAUUGUAAUGUAUCAGUAGGUGUUUAUUCCUUUCAGACCGUCUAUCCUUUUAUCAUGUUCUUCAUUGCGUAUUGGCAUUGUGGUGAAAACCAGGAGACCUGUGAUCUACAACCAUGCCAAUAGCGUUUUUUUUAUUCUAUUUAUCUAAUGGAAAUGUUAUUACUUGAGGUCCAAGUUGUACUUGCAUUUUAUUAAUUUGAACUAUCGAGGUGUGACUGUAACCAUGCACACAUCCCAUGUAUGUAUCCGAGCUUAAAUAUAUAUUGUAAUCUAAAAAUGUCAUAACUUAAUCAGAUUUGCAAACGCGGAUGCAGACUAUAAUCUUAUUUCCCUAGGACUUUAUCCCGGCCUAUUCCCACCUUAGUGAGGAUAUGUUAAACUGCAACAGUAAAUCUGAGGUAUUCUACCUCCUUUCUGUAUCUCCCAGAGUUAGAGCUCCCUUUCCAGGGGCACAUUGAUGCAGAACAUUUUGAAAAAAUUUUGAAUCACAUAUAGAACUGCAACACCACAUUAUUACCGUGUUAGUAAAAUAAGGUGUUACCUUCCUGUAUUCCUAAUAGGGCAAAAUGUCUCUUGAAAAAGAGGUACCCUAACACAGUGCAAAAAUGGAAUUAUGUUUUAUUCAAUGUCUCUGCAGACAGCAGUAUUGUCAUAUAAAUAGAUUGACCUUACCUGUCUGGAGAAAUCCCGGACGAGCCCCCAAAAGUGUAAGAAAACCAUGUAGUUUUCUUGAGCUGAUGGAAGUGAAAGAGGAAAGUCAAGAACCGAUUGAAGUGGAGGAGAAAUCUCGUGAUUUCAAAAUUGGAGAAAAAUCUUUGAGUGACUCAAAACCUAAAAUAAAAGCAGCCAAUAAAUCUUUAAUCUGCUCUCAGUGUGGAAAGAGUUUAACAUGUAAUAAAGAUCUUAAUAUACACAUGAGAAUUCAUACUGGAGAGAAACCUUACAAGUGCUCACACUGUGGAAAGAGUUUCACUCAUUUUGAUUACCUGAAAAAACACGAGAGAAUUCAUACUGGAGAAAAACCUUACAUGUGCUCACACUGUGGAAAGAGUUUCACUCAUUUUGAUUACCUGAAAAAACACGAGAGAAUUCAUACUGGAGAAAAACCUUACAAGUGCUCACACUGUGGAAAGAGUUUCACUCAGUCACAAGACCUGAAAAAACACAAGAGAAUUCAUACUGGAGAAAAACCUUACAAGUGCUCACACUGUGAAAAGAGUUUCACUUAUUUGAGUGCCCUGAAUACACAUGAGAGAAUCCAUACUGGAGAAAAACCUUACAAGUGCUCACACUGUGAAAAGAGUUUCACUCAAUUGAGUUCCCUGAAUACACAUGAGAGAAUCCAUACUGGAGAAAAACCUUACAAGUGCUCACACUGUGGAAAGAGUUUCACUCAAUUGAGUUCCCUGAAUACACAUGAGAGAAAUCAUACUGGAGAAAAACCUUACAGGUGCUCACACUGUGGAAAGAGUUUCAGUCAGUUAACAUACCUAAAAAGUCAUAAGAGAAUUCAUGCAGGAUAGUCUUGUCAAAUUGUUGUGAUGACUCUCCACCAGAAGAUGGCAGCACCUGCAAUCAUUAGACUACAUGCCCGUAUUGGUGGUGUGAUGUUGUACAACUUGCAUCUUGAGAACAUUUUAUGUAUGUACUGUAUUGUUGUUCUUGUGUUCCAGAUGAUCAGGUGCUGAUGUGAGCAGAACCCCACUAAAUUUGAAUCUUUGCAAAAGCAAUGUGCUGAAGUUGUUGUUUCUUUCCAUUUGUGGCAUAAAGUUGAUUACAUCAAAAAACAACACACAACCCUGUGACGGUGGUAAUCAUGAAAUUAAUAUACCACUCGUUACAGAACUACACACAGUUACCAAACCAUUUUAA